AUGUCCACCUCCAAGGUCAAGCCAUCCACGGCAGCAAACUAUGUCUAUGGACGCACAUACUUCUCAGAUGCAUACAUUGCAGACACCCUCAAUCAUGCGGGGAUUGCUAACUAUGUGUCUCAUGCAACCACAUUGAGCUGCUAUGGCCUUGCACCAAUGUCUGAGCAUGCGGAGAUCGUUGUACCUGAUAAUCUUCUAAGCCAGGCAUACGACGCCCUUCGACGUGCCAGGUUCAAGAGAUGCGACGAUAAGGACAAAUGCUUGGAGAAAUGCCCCAAGGGAAGCAGGCCCAAACCUAGCAUUCACUUGCACUUCAGGAAGGGCGAAGGUCGCGUCGACCUGUUCAAGCACUCCACACAUUUCAAGUUCAUGCCCGAGCCGACCGUACGGCAGCCAGAAGACGGAGAUAGAAACUACAUGCUGUUGUCCGAUAAUCGACUGCCGGCGUUAGAUGACUAUCCUUUCGCGCCACUCAUUACAUCCCUGCCACAGUUCGAAUCCCCAGCGGACAGGACCUGUGGUCGUCGACUUCCAUUCUUUGGUCCAGUUCAGAUCCCAAAAGUAGAUCGAUCGGUCUCCGCUUGGGGCUAUGAGUUCUACCAGGUUGCGAAGAACCUUGCGAAGAUUGAGGCUAGUCUUCGCCGUUGUAAGGAUGAAGGUGUCAAGCGCAGUCUCGAAAAGAAACAUGAUGCCGGUAUGAAUGAUGCUUGGUGUUGGUUCGUCUACAUAAAUUCUAUCGCCUGGUUGUAUCGUCAUCAUCAGAAUGAAUCGAUAAAGGGAUACCCUUUGUCCUGGAAUCAACUACUGAGGGAUGUGGAUCAACGUCUGGUCCCUUGGCUAGACAACUGGACGCGGGAUUAUUUGAUGCGGGGUGAAGACGAUAACGAACGGUUCAAGAGAUGCCUUGAGGAUACGAAGAGCCUUGCCUGGGAGCAAAGGGUCCACCGGCCAUCUUAA